AUGCCAAAGGAAUGCGAAAGAUGUCGACUGCAAUUAAUGAUUGAGUACAAUAGACUUCUUGCCUGGGGCGAAGCAGUGGGCUUAAUUGAUGUACCCAAAGAAUCAAAUGUCGCCGUGAGUCUUGGAACGAACGCCAUUGAGCUCUGUAGUAUUAUUUCUAGGAUCGCAUGGCUUCUUGGUGAAUUUAAAGAGCUCAACGCGCGUUGGCAUAAUGAAGCCAGCUCUUUCACAACAAAAGAUCAAGUGGCAAUUAAGGAAUGCGACUUGAACUUGGACGUGUCAAAGCAAAUUUCAAGCUUGGCGAUUGCAUAUGAGAAGUCUCAAGAAGAGCGCAAACACUUGCGAGGGAGCAGUCAUAUCAUCAAAUGGAUUUCGAAGAGAGCUGGUCAUGUCAAAGAGAUAGCCACACAUCCCUUUCGCGUUCGUUGGGUGAUGGUUGAUAAGGAGGCAUUUGAAGCGUUGCUAAAGGAUCUUCACAGCCUAAUCGGACGGAUCCACGAAUUGAUGGGAGACUAUCGGGAGAGACGCAUUCAUGAGAUCACUGCGGGCUCUUACCGAGAAAUGGUUAUUCUUCGCAACGAUGUCGCGGAGCUCAGGAAUAUGUUAGACGCUGUGACCAGUUUUAUCAAGACCUCUCAGGUCACCCCUCAUAGCGGAGCUACCAACCCCAACGACAAUGACGAAACCCUUCGAGAUCUUCUACGGUUGAAGGAAAUCAACCAAGUGUCAGAUGCUUUGCUGAUGAAUAUGAAACAAAGUGCGGAUUUUGACAUUGAGAGAGAGCUAAAAGACUUGUCCUGUGUUAAACACUACGAUACAAAUACACUUUGCCAGCAAUUCACCUACGCACAGGCAGCGAGCUCGAAAAGCCUCUCCAGUUUGCACCGACCAAGGGGGUCCUUGGAAAUUGAAGACAGGGGAUUGGAAGUUUGGAUUGAAUGGAGAACGCUGCAAAACAUAGAAAGAGGUUCGAGCCAAGACAGAGAAUCUAGGAUAAGGUCAGUGAUCCUGGCACAGAUGCUUCAUACCAACAAGCCACGGCAUCUCUAUUCACCGAAAUGCGUUGGCUUCAUCGACGACCGAGAAGAAAACAAUCGAUACGGCUGGAUCUUUGAGAUGCCUACUGGAUCCCAUAGAAACUCCUCAUUGGAAAGUCUUCACGGAAUUUUAGGACAUAGCCAUCACAAGCCAACCCUGACCCAACGGAUUUCGCUCGCUUGGAAAUUAGCCUCUUCGCUCCUUUAUCUCCAUACGACGAAUUGGUUACACAAAGGAUUCCACAGUGCAAACAUAAUUUUCGUAUUCAAUGAAGGGAAAUUCGAUUCCGAGAAACCCAUGCUAUCAGGUUUCGAAUACUCGCGUCCAGAGAGCCAGGAAACGACAACACGAAACCCCAAUCCGCAGUGGGAUAUUUACCGUUGGCCGGGCAUCCAGGGAGAGGCGCCAACCAAAGCAAACUCUCGAAAAACAUAUGACAUAUAUAGCCUUGGUCUGGUUCUUCUUGAGAUCGCACACUGGAAACCAUUACACCAAAUUAUGUGUCUCAAAAGAUGGCCAGAGCCCUCACGUCAAUACCCGAGAAUCCGAGCCUGGCUUUUGAAAGAAGAGCGAUUCCCACCUUUCAAAGACGCAGACCCUAUUGAAGAAUUGCGUGAUAUUGCUGGAGACAAGUAUUGGAAUGCCGUUACUCGCUGCAUUGUAGCCCAUGGAGAACUAGGGAUGCGUGUUGACGAGGAGUAUGACCGGUCGAGAGACUCUGAAAUGGGAAUUGAGCUCCAAAAAACUUUUAAAGAGCUGGUUGUCGAUGAACUGAAAGGUGUUUCCAUAUGA